UCCGCUCCGCCUCCACUACACACACACACACGCAGCCCUCGCCUCCUCUCCGCACGCCUCGAUAUCAUUUCCCCAUCAACCCCCCAGGUCCGUCGGUGUCAUCAUCGUGGCGGGACGACACGGCCGCUUAUAAGCCCGGCCCCGGGGCCGAUCGAUCGUUCCUGCCUGUGUUGAUUGGCAGUUGCACUAGCGAACAACCGAGGUAACAAGGACGCGCCGGCGAUGGGGUGCAAGGGGUCCAAGCUGGACGAGCAGGAGGCGGUGGCGCUGUGCCGCGGCCGGGCCGACCUGCUCGCGGUCGCCGUCCGCCACCGCGACGCGCUCGGGGCCGCGCACGCCGCGCUCGCCGGCUCGCUCCUCUCCGUCUCCUCCUCGCUCCACCUCCUCCUCGUCUCCGCCUCCGCCCGCCCGCGCACGGGGAUCACGCUCCCCGUCGCCGCCAAUGCCAAGGCCGUCGACCCCCCGCCAGCGGCGCCGCAGCCCUCCUCGCCCCCGCACUCCUCCUCGCACAUCGACUUCGCGCCCUCCUCCGGAUCCGACUCCGGCUCCGUCGCCUCCUCGCCUCCCCGCCGCGUCCACGACCAACUCCACCACGCGCACCCGCACCCGCACGCGCUGCUGUUCCCGCAUUACGGGUACGGGUACGGGUACGGCUACGAGCCCGAGCCACCGUUCGGGUACCCGCCGGGGUCGCUGCAGCUCUACUACGCGCGGAGCCGCCCGCCUCCGGCCUCGGUCGCCGUCGAGCAGCGCGCGCCCGCGUCGGAGCGCGUCUACUUCGGCUCCUCCGACCCGGCGGGCGGGAACGCGCGGUAUUACUCGUACGGAGGAGAGGCCACGCCGGCAGGUAAGGCGCCUGCUCCCCCGCCGUCGCCGCCGAGGGCGAGCUCGUGGGACUUCUUCAAUGUGUUCGACGACUACCAAGUGCACGACAACUACUGUUACGAUGCUGCCGGCGCCGGGACCACGGCGACGACACCGUACACGCCGAGCCGGUGCUCGCGGGACGUGCGGGAGGAGGAGGGCAUCCCGGAGCUCGAGGAGGACGACGCGGUCGUCAAGGAGGUGUCCAGCGAGCACUAUAUGACCGGGAGUGGCGGUGCUCGCAGCCGACGCAGCUCGGUCGGCGGCAUGAGCAGCAGCGAAGAGGAGAAUUGUGUUGUCGAUAAGGGAGUGCUCUCCGGAGGUGGCAUGGCGCGGCAACAUGCGCCAGCGCAGCCUAAUGUCUCAGCCUCCGUGCGGACUCACCGGAAGUCAUCGGAGAGUGCAGACUUCGCCGGGGAGAUCAAGGCGCAGUUUGUUCGAGCGGCGGAUGCAGUCUGGGCGGUCGCACCGAUCCUGGAGGUGGACAGGCGGAGUUACCAAUACCACCCCCGCAGCUCAGUGUACCAUGUUUCGUCUCGGAUGGUGUCGACGGCUGCAUUACCAAAUUCAGCGUACGGAGGUGAAGAGUUGGAUGUUGGAGGUUGGAAGAAGGUGGCUGAAGGGGGGAGGAGCUUAUCGGUCACCCUGCAGAAACUCUAUAUCUGGGAGAAGAAAUUAUAUAAUGAGGUUAAGUCUGAAGAAAAAAUGCGCCUCCUGCUAGCCAAGAACUCCAAGCGGCUGAAGUUCUUGGACCAAAAGGGUGCUGAAGCUCAGAAGAUCGAGGCGACUCAAAAUUUGGUCAGGAAGCUGUCGGCAAAAAUAAGAAUGGCUGUGCGAGUUAUUGCUAAGGUUUCAAAAAAGAUAAACAGAGUUAGGGAUGAGGAAUUGUGCCCACAAAUUAUGGCCUUAAUCCAAGGGUUUGUAAAGAUGUGGCAAGAAAAGCUGGACUGCUACCAGACUCAGUGUGAAGCAAUAUCGGAGGCGAAGAACCUGGAUUCGACCAUCUCCGGCGGGAUCAGUCGGGAUCUAGCAAUGGAGCUUGAAGUGGACCUGGUUAAAUGGAUUGUGAAUUUCUGCUCUUGGGUAAACGCGCAAAGGAGCUUCGUGAAGGCACUGAACGGGUGGCUGGCGCUGUGCCUCAACUAUCAGCAGGAGGAGACGCCCGACGGAGCUCCUCCCUACUCUCCCGGAAGGGUGGGCGCGCCUCUCGUGUUCGUCAUCUGCAACACCUGGUCGCAGGCCAUGGAUCGGAUUUCUGAGAAGGAAGUGGUCACCGCCAUGCAGGCCCUCGUGUCCAGCGUGCGCAACCAGUGCGAGCACAGAGCCGCCGUUGAGCCAAGCGAGCUGAUCUUCGUGACCCGGGAAAGAGAGAAGUGGAACAGGAUUCUGGAGAGGAAGUCCGUGGAGAUUAACAGGGAGGCAGACACACUGAACAGGAAGCUGGCCCUGGUGCCGGGCCGGCAGAGCCUGCUUCCGACGGCGCAAACGUACCAGGCGCAUUUUCUUGAGGCAGACAGCCUGCAGGUGAGCUUGAGCCGGGUGCUUCAGUCCUUGGAGAGCUUCGCGUCCAGUUCGCUGCAAGCUUUCCGGGAGACUCUGAGACAUGCUGAAGAAGAAAUGCUGUCCAGAGAGAGUGCUAAAGCUUCAUAGCCUGAUUUUGCAUCUGACCGUAGAGCCAACAAACAAAGCUUGUGGAAUAUAAUCAUCAUCUCCUCAUCAGGUGGCAUCGGUGCUGAAUGUGCUGGGCGAAUGCUUCUGACGGAUUUUAGUUUUUGUGGAGAAAUUCUGACUUCUGAGUCUUAGUAGCCGACCGAGAUUUGCGCAGGCAACCGUUGGUCCAUCAGAAUAGAACAGCUGUUGAAGUAGCAGGUAAAUAUGGGCAAGUGCUAGUUUUUUGUGUCAUGGGCAUGUACUGUGCAAUAUUCAGCGCAUUGAAUCCCUUGGAAUUUUUUUUGGCUGCUGUCAUUGCUUUUUGGCCUCUAUAUUAUAACUGAAUGUUUGAAUGUGCAAUAGUGGCAUGAUCUGCUCAUGGGUCGUAUUGUUCUGUA